CUUGCAAAACGACGAGACGAGGUGGACGCCCUGCUGUUUUCGCAGUUGGUUUUCCGCCCCGGUUUUUCGUCACCAAGUCAGCCCUCUCCUGGCCUAAUCGUCGGUUUUUUACUCUGUCCUGGCCGCCGUUGACCCGUAGCCCCUUGGUCGUCACGUCACUCCGAUUUCGAUAUACCACACGGGGCCGAGGUUUGAAACCGGCGGAGACGCGCGCAGACAGGCGAACGGAGGCCGGACACCCCUGUUUCGGUCGCCCUGUCCAAGGAAAACAGCCCAUCUUCUUUCCCCACUUGCACUCCAAGCUAGCCUAAUUAGUUUCGUCUGAUUUUGAUUUUGGUUCAUGUUUGAGGACGGGGAUCUAAAUUUGCAUGGCUGGUUGCAGCGGUGGUGCCAUGGGAGGCCGGGAAGCCGCUAUCGGGCGAGGAGGUGGAGGUGGCGCCGCCGCAGGCCAUGGAGGUGCGAGUCAGGAUCCUCCACCGCACUCUGCCACACCGACGUCUACUUCUGGAAGGCCAAGGGGCAAACUCCGGUUUUCCCUAGGAUCUUGGGCCAUGAAGCUGGAGGUAUUGUCGAGAGCGUUCCGGAGGGUGUGACCGAGCUCGUGCCAGGUGACCAUGUCCUCCCGGUGUUCACCGACGAGUGCAAGGAGUGUGCUCACUCCAAGUCAGACGAGAGCAACCUUUGCGACCUCCUCAGGAUCAACGUGGAUCGUGGUGUGAUGAUCGGCGAUGGGGAGUCUCGCUUCAGCAUUAAUGGGAAACCGAUCUUCCACUUUGUUGGGAUCUCCACCUUCAGUGAGUACACUGUGAUCCAUGUUGUGUGCCUCGCAAAGAUCAACCUGGAGACGCCCCUUGACAAAGUUUGUGUUCUCAGCUGUGGCAUCUCAACCGGACUUGGUGCAACCCUCAAUGUCGCAAAACUGAAGAACGGUUCGACGGUGGCCAUUUUCGGUCUUGGAGCUGUAAGCCUUGCUGCCAUGGAAGGGGCCAAGAUGGCUGGGGCAUCAAGGAUCAUCGGUGUGGAUCUGAACCCUGCAAAACACGAACAAGCUAAGAAAUUUGGAUGCACAGACUUUGUGAACCCCAAGGACCACACCAAGCCCGUGCAAGAGGUGCUUGUCGAGAUGACCCAUGGCGGAGCCGACCGUGCGGUUGAGUGCACUGGCCACAUCGACGCCAUGAUCGCCGCCUUCGAAUGUGUCCAUGAUGGGUGGGGCGUGGCAGUGCUGGCGGGCGUCCCGCACAAGGAGGCGGUGUUCAAGACACACCCGUUGAACUUCCUCAAUGAGAAGACCCUGAAGGGCACCUUCUUCGGCAACUACAAGCCGCGCAUCGACCUCCCGGAGGUCGUCGAGAUGUACAUGAGGAGGGAGCUGGACCUGGAGAAGUUCAUCACGCACAGCGUGCCAUUCUCGCAGAUCAACACGGCGUUCGACCUCAUGCUCAAGGGGGAGGGCCUGCGCUGCGUCAUGAGGAUGGACGAGUAG